GUGCCCGCGGGGUGCGGCGCUCCGGGACAGCACCGACAACCCCGCGGCCACCGGGCCGAGCGGGGCCGCACCUGCCCCGGAGCAUCCCCGGGGAAGCUGAUCCCGGGCAGCAGAGCCGGUGCCAGUGCCGGCGGGCGCGCUGACCAUGUUCAACGGGGAUGCCAGCUCCUCGUCUGCCAGGAAUGUGGUGCGCAGCUCCAGCAUCAGCGGCGAGAUGUACAGCCUGGAGAAGAGCGCACGCGGCAGCGCCGACUCCGUCUCCGUCACCGUCACCGCCAGCAAGAAGCGGCGCUCCAGCCUGGGCGCCAAGAUGGUGGCCAUCGUGGGGCUGUCCCAGUGGAGCAAGAGCACCCUGCAGCUCAACCAGACCGAGGGCGGCCCCAAAAAGCUGCGCAGCACCAUCCGCAGGAGCACCGAGACCGGCAUCGCCGUGGAGAUGAGGACCAGGGUGACCCGGCAGGGCAGCCGGGAGUCCACGGACGGCAGCACCAACAGCAACAGCUCCGACGGCACGUUCAUCUUCCCCACCACGCGGCUGGGAGCCGAGAGCCAGUUCAGCGAUUUCCUCGACGGGCUGGGGCCGGGGCAGCUGGUGGGGCGGCAGACCCUGGCAACCCCGCCGAUGGGAGAUGUCCACGUGGGCAUGGCUGACCGCAACGGGCAGCUCGAGGUGGACGUGAUCCAGGCCAGGGGGCUCAUCCCAAAGAUGGGCUCCAAGUGCAUCCCUGCCACCUAUGUGAAGGUUUACCUGCUGGAGAACGGCGUCUGCCUGGCCAAGAAGAAGACCAAGGUGGUGAAGAAAACCUGCGACCCCUCGUACCAGCAGCCUCUGCUCUUCGAGGAGAGUCCCCAAGGCAAAGUCCUGCAGGUGAUCGUCUGGGGCGAUUACGGGCGCAUGGACCACAAGUGCUUCAUGGGGAUGGCCCAGAUCAUCCUGGAGGAGCUGGAUCUCUCCAGCGCCGUCUCGGGCUGGUACAAACUCUUCCCAACCUCCUCCCUGGCCGACUCCAGCAUCGGACCCCUGACCCGCCGCCUGUCCCAGUCCUCCCUGGAGAGCUCCACCAGCCCCUCCUGCCCGUAGAGGCUGGGAUUGGCGAGGAGACAUCCAAGGAGACCUUGCAGAACUGGUCGUGGAGAGCUGUAAAUAUCCUUCUUCUUUUUUUUUUUUUUUCCCCCUUUUUUUUUUUUCAAAUUUUCAAUCUCCUUCCCCCACAAAAAAAAAUCUGCCCUGGAUGCCCUCCCUGGGAAGGGAGAGGGAGCAAGGACCGGGUGUGAGGCAGGGGGGAAGGAGAGGUGAAAAUUCCCCACCGAGGGCUGUGACUGCCAACGAGCCCAGACUGUUCCAGAGCUCGUCCUGGGAGCUCCCAGCUCUCUCCCAACCCUGCUGGGAGCAGCCCAGCCUGGCUGAGGACGAGGUUCCUUUGUCCUGCCUCGGGGUUGGGAUGGUUUCCUCAAGUUUGGGAUGCUCUCCUCGAGGUCUGGGAUGGCCUCUUUGGGAUCUGGAACACCCUUCUUGAGGUCUGGGACGGCCUCUUUGGGACCUGGAACACCCUUCUUGAGGCCUCCCUUUCCCUGCCUCCCAGGAAAACGUGGCUUUCCAAGGGGAAAACCCCACCGAACUCAGAACAGAUCCGACUCAGCACUAUUUUUUUGUUUUCCAAGGAAUGUAGCAUCUUCUCUUAUGUAGCUUUGCCACGUGCUAACAACACAUUCACUGCAAUACCCAAGAGAACUCCGGAUGGACCGGGAACAUCUGCCAGCCUCAUCCCGUUUGGUCGCUUUCCCAGCACUUUUGGUGGCCAUUUCCCUGCCUUUUUCUGAAUUUUUUUUUCCCUCAAUUUUUUGGGGUUUUUUUUUGGGUUUUCCCGGGAGCAUGUAGCCUGUGACCAUUGCCAAAGCAAGAGGGGACAGGGAAAGGGGCGCUGGCCUCCCCUCGGUGUCCACUGGGCUUCUCCUUGUGUCUGGCCAAAACCAGACCCAAAGGACAAACUCCGGGAAUGCCUCGUGGCAGGAGGAAGAAGGCGACACAGCAGAGCAGGAACACCAGGAUCCUGGUGGAUCAGCUGCCUCCCAGCUCCUCCCUUCCCAGCUGGAGGGCUGGGAUGCUCUCCGUGGAGCUGAGAUGUCCUCCUUGGAGCUGAGAUGUUCUCCUCAAGGUCUGGAAUGCUCUCCUUGGAGCUGGGAUGUUCUCCUUGGAGCUGAGAUGUUCUCCUCAAGGUCUGGAAUGUCCUCCUUGGAGCUGAGAUGUUCUCCUCGAGGUCUGGAAUGCUCUCCUUGGACCUGGGAUGUUCUCCGUGGAGCUGAGAUGUCCUCCUUGGAGCUGAGAUGUUCUCCUCGAGGUCUGGAAUGCUCUCCU